UAGGGUUUAUUGCCUUUACCUGCCGUCACGACUGAAUAGAAGAUACAGAUUUUACUUCAGUCCCAAGAAGAACUAUAUAUUUUUUGUCCAUCAGCGAUCGAGACAAUGAAACCGAGUGUCAUUCUAGUGUACCUGACGAUCCUUGUUUGUCAUGCUGACAGUUUUGGCGUACUGCGAGGCUUUCCAGGCUUUUCUAUUGGCAUGAGACAACGAGGAUUUGGAUUUCAAUUUCGUCCGUUCCUUUUCCAACGACCACACCAGAACAGAGGACGCUGCGAGGAUCCGUGCAAGAACAUGGAAGCAGCGUGUGAAAGCCAAGGCAAGAUCUGUCGAAUAGUUCAAGUGAACUGCUUCAUACCGCCAUGUGUUCCUGUGGCACAAUGUGUGCGUAACCCAGUUCGGGUGGAUUCGUUCAACCCUUGUCGAUACAAUGGGCCUGUUCUGAGCACGUCAUAUCGCGAGUAUGCCAGUUGUCAUUUCCUGGGGUUGAGCUGCCCGACUGGUACUCGGUGUGUACCCUACAACGGAGGAUCAAAAUGUUGUUACGCACCAGCGGGAUGCAAAGCCGCUGCAGAAGCGGCUCCAGCUAAACCAGUCGUCCUUCCUCCAACAUCCAAUCGCUUCUGCCCGGCGCCAAACCUGCUGACCUGCAGACGACAAAACUGUCAGCGUGAACAGGACUGUCCUGUCGGCUACUUCUGCUGCACCACAAGCUGUGGCACAAGGUCCUGUUCUCUUUCCCCUAGACUCCGCCGUCCCAGCAAUGAUUUGGCCGCAAUGUUCAGAGAAAAGCCUCGAGGAAUCCCGGCAGGUCCUCCCGUAUCCGUGGGAUCCCGCUUUGGCUUAAAGUCUUCACUGUUCGCAGGACCACGAGGAGGAGGGUUUAGUCUUCCAGGAUUGCACUCCAUUGACAGAGGGACGUGUCCUCCCAUGAUGUCCAUCAAGACCUGUCGUUCAGAUAUGUGCCAGACGGACGCGGACUGUUAUCUGGGGAAGUGCUGCAUUUCAAGAUGCGGAAAACGCGUGUGCACGGCUGGGAAAGGACGGAUUUCUUUCUUUGGCUGAGUGGAUGAUCGAUAGUAAAUAAUGUAUAUAUUUGUA